GCUAUGUUGAAAGGCAGAGUUGGCUCAAACACAUCUUCUUUUUGUGUAACUUUUCACUCUCUUCUAUUUUUAGCAAUUCUUUCUCUCUCUGAACCAACGCCCUCAAAACAUCCAAAAAGAAAGAGAAGAAGAAGAACAAGAAGAAGGUGUUUAUGUGUGCUUCUUAGAGCUGUCAUAAUCAAAAUUUGAAGUUUACGUGAUAAAGAUCCAAUAGAAUUUGAGGAAUCCCAUGAACGGUUAAGAGAGAACUCAUUUCGUAUUUGUAAAUGCCGUGAAUUUAUUUGUAAUUCUGGGUUUGAGCUUUUGUUGCUCAAAAUUAAUGGAGGGUGGGUAUUUAAUGGCUUAAAAGAUUGAAAUGUACAUGAUGAGCUGAGUGUUGAAGAAGAUGGAUACAAAGGAAGAUGCUGAAUCUCAAGAGGAUCGGUCACAAGAAGAUCAGCCACCAUCCCCAUACGUGGUGUUACAGAAUAUAUCUCAGGACAUGGUUGGCGAGGCACUGCAUAAUGCCCUCGCAGGUAAUCCAGCACCUCAGCCAGCGCAUAGACGAUGUCAAAGUGAAAUUAUAACCACAGGGCAAAUGCGUAGCAAUAGUUUUCAGAAAUUGAAAACUCAGAUGCAAAAGGCAUGGCGGUGGGGUGGCAACUCACGGGAACAAGAUUACAGUUUCAAUCCAGAGGUCUUGGCUAACCAGAAACGUCAGUGGUAUCAGCUUCACUCCAAAUCUCUGGACCAUACAAAAUUUAAGGCGCCUACCUCACUAUUUGAACACUUUGUUAUUGUGGGGCUUCAUCCUGAUGCCAAUCUUGAGGCUGUGGAGGAUGUAUUUGCAAGAAGGAAGAAAUGGGAGUUUGAGGCAUCAAAAUCUGAUACAAUAGCAUACAAAAGGCUGCAGUAUCAGGGGCCUACAUUUCCUUCAAUGGAACCCCAGAUACUUUUUAAAUAUCCUCCUGGGAGGAGAUUACCUAUGCGCCUAAAGGAUUUAGGUUCCUUCUGUUUUCCUGAAGGUGUUAAGACACGGUUAUUAGAGAGGACUCCAUCAUUAAGUGAACUAAAUGAACUUAUUUAUGGACAGAUGCAUAUGGGCAGGGAUGAUCUAGCAUUCACAUUUUCACUUAAGGUUGCAGAUAAUGACACACUUUAUGGGGUUUGCUUACAUGUAACAGAAAUUGUUCAAAGGCCACCUGGUAUUUUAGGCACCAUGUCGCCCUUUUCACGGUUGUCUGGACAGUGCUGCCGCUUUUUGGUUUCUGCACCUCGCUGCUACUGUUUGCUAACUAGAGUUCCUUUCUUUCAGUUACACUACGAGAUGCUGAACAGUAUCACUGCACAAGAGCGUUUGAAUCGGAUAACACAAUUUGUUAGUGAAGUAUCGCUGAGUAGUGUCCAUUCAGCAUCCAAACAACAUGAACGAAUGAAUAUGAAUGUUGACUACCCUGAUAGGGAGUGCGAUGUUGAUUGGAUGGCUUCUGCAAUACCCAUUGACAGUGCAAUAGCGCUUACUGCUGCUGCUGCUGGAAUUGUAUCAGAUGAUGACAUUCGAACCUCAUCACCAAAGACAUGGGAAUCUCAUUCUCCUGAAAGUGGUGCUACUAGUGAGGCUUCAGAUUUGAGUCAAGUGAGGGAAGUAGAUAGGGAUGGUAGGAAGAAUUUUGAUGAUUGUGCUUCUGAGUCAUCAGAAACUCGUUCUGAUGCUUUGGAAAGAAUUAAUGGGAGCUAUGAAAAUGGCCAAGCCUCUCCUGAGAUUGGGACAUCUAACUUCUCUAGGAGCCAUAGUUUGGUAUGCCAAGGAAGUUUUGAUACCCUAUUCAGUCCAGUUAGAAGCAUGUUAUUAGAGGAUGAGGAUGAUGAAAUUUUUGCAAAUUGUGAAAAAGUUUUUGAUGGUGGCUUAAUAAUGGAAUGGGCUAGGAAAAACAAAAAUGAUUUGCUGCAGAUGGUAUGUGAUUAUCAUUCCAUGCGUCUUCCCCAACGAGGAAGUGAAAUAGUUUUUAAGCCUCUUGAACACUUACAAGCUAUCGAGUAUAAGAGGCCUCCAGUUUCUGACCUAGGAUUUUCUGAAUAUUAUUUAGCUAUGUUUGAAGCUACUGAGGUCAAUGCAAAGUUAGCUGCUGCUGAAGAAGCUUUUGCAUUAUCAAUAUGGACAACUGCAACUAUAUGUCGAGUUCUGUCACUUGAAAGUGUUUUGAUGCUAGUUACAGGAGUGUUACUAGAAAAACAAGUGGUGGUAGUAUGUCCAAACCUGUUUCAACCAAUUCAGGGUGUUCUAUCGGCUAUAGUGUUAUCUCUUGUUCCCAUCAUUCGUCCAUUUCAAUGGCAGAGUUUAUUUCUUCCAGUUCUGCCAGGGAGGAUGCUUGAUUUUCUUGAUGCUCCAGUUCCCUUUAUUGUUGGCAUACAACAAAAUCCGGCAGACUUGAAGAUGAAAACAUCUGAUCUCGUCCAUGUUAAUGUGGUCAAGGAUCAGGUGAAAAUGUGUCGCUUGCCGGCACUUCCACGGUAUAAAGAGCUUGUUUCUGAACUUGCACCAUCUCAUGCUAAACUAUCAUCUCAAAAUUCGAUUGCUAAAAAGCAUCCUGUAUAUAGGUGCAAUGAAACUCAGGCUAAAGCUGCAACCAAAUUUUUGACCAUUAUGAGGCGCUACUUGGAGUCUAUUUGUUCAGAUUUGAGGUCCCACACAAUAACUAAUGUACAAUCAAACAAUGACAGGGUUUGCUUACUUCUUAAAGACAGCUUUAUUGAUUCCUUUCCCAAUAGGGACCGACCAUUUAUAAAGCUAUUUGUAGACACACAACUAUUUGCUGUACUAUCAGAUCAUCGUUUGUCAAGUUUUGAGCAUGGAAGCCCUAAGCCUCUAACUUAAUCCUUUUACAAGAUGAAUACAUCAGAUCAAAACUGCAAAAUGCAAAUUAAUAGUGGCUUCUGUCACUAACACUGCUGCAAAUUAUGGCGAUCUAUUCACCUUUGGAGCCAUUAAAUAUGAAAACUGAGAUGUAUCUGGAGGUUGCAAAAAGAAAAUUUGUAACAUAGCAAUACAGCAAUAGGAGCAGAUGUCUAACAAGUAACACAAAGGAUAUGCCCAUUGGCUAUUGAAUUGCCCACAGGAAAUGACAAAUGGAAGUGAUGUUGAUUCCAAUCUUUUAAGGGGAUUAUGGUCUUGGGCUUGUCAAAGGUUUUUCUCACUUGAAGCUCUUGUAAAUGUCAACAGUAUAAUAGAACAUUUUCAGAGGGGACUUUUUAUUCCCAGGUUGUAUGUUUAUUAGAUACACCCUGUAUUAUUUUUGAAUGGAUACACAUUUUUCAUGGCAGGAUAUUCUUCUCUUCACCA